AUGGCGAGAGCACUUCUCUCUCGCCGCCCUCCGCGAAUGGACACGGGCAUCAUCGGCCCAGUUACUGUGAUGAGCGACUAUCUCUCAGAAUUUGGCCCGAUAUCGUCGACUGUGCACGGCCUCAUUGUCUCUUCCAUCUUAAUCCCAGCUGCCGUAUCCUCGUUCUUUGCUGGCAAGGUCGCUGAUCUCCUAGGUCGGCCCAAGGGAAUAAGUUUGGGAGUAUUCAUAUUUGCCGUGGGAGCUGCUCUCGAAGCCGGUGCCGUUGACUUGGCGAUGUUUAUUGUGGGAAGAGUCGUUGAAGGUCUGGGGGAGGGGCUUUAUUUGGGGAACUUGGUCGUAUAUAUUUGCGAAAUCUCCCCUCCCAGCAAAAGAGGGCCGCUCACUUCCUGUCCCCAGCUAUUCAUUACGUUCGGUCUCCUUGUUGGAUACUUCAUUUGCUACGGGACUAGCAGCAUGGGUUCAUCCAUGUCGUGGAGACUACCAUUUAUGAUCCUGGCCUCGCUGGCAUUCGCUUUCUCCGUAGCGGCCUUGCGGCUUACCCCCUCGCCACGCUGGCUUACUCUUCACGGCCGCACCGCCGAAGCAGCUGCAGCAUGGGACAUUCUCGGUGUCAGCCACGCUGAGCGCGAGAAGGUCGAGAUCCAGGAACACAUUCGCGAAAUCACAGACUAUCAGGCACUGAGUUCUGCCGAGAUGACUACCCUGCCGAACGCAGAUGGGAACGGCACGGCUGCUCGCCAGCGGAAGAUGGCAAAGAGUACCUUUAAGGAGCUGUUCUCGCCGGAAGUGCGUGCGCGCACGUUCCUUGCUGCCUUUAUGAUGGCUAUGCAGCAGCUGAGUGGGAUUGACGGCGUUCUUUAUUAUGCUCCCCUCCUCUUCCAACAAGCCGGCCUUGCCUCCUCCGAGGCAUCCUUCCUCGCCUCAGGAGUAUCCGCCAUUGUAAUCUUCAGUGUCACCAUACCCGCCUUGAUCUGGGCUGAUCGCUGGGGCCGGCGCCACAGCACCAUAUACGGUGGCAUCGGCAUUACCAUCCUCAUGUUCCUAAUCGGCGGUCUAUAUGCCGGAGACGCAGUGCACAGCAACACCGGUGCCGGCCGCUGGAUAGUCAUCGUCUCCAUCUAUCUAUUUGCCAUGACAUACUCUCUGUCCUGGGCCGUUGGCAUCAAGGUCUAUGCCGCUGAGAUCCAGCCUCAGCGCACGCGCGCUGCAGCGACCAGUCUCGCGCAUGGAAGUAAUUGGAGUGCCAAUUUUUUGGUCGGGCUGACGACUCCGAUUCUGUUGGCCAAGACGAGCUUUGGCGCUUACUUCCUCUUUGGUGGAUGUAGCCUGGUGACUGUCGCUGUUUGCGCGAUGUCUAUGCCAGAGACGAGAGGGAGGUCGCUCGAAGAGAUCGAGGAGGCUUUCAAAAGAACUUCGGUCUCGAAGAGACUGGCCAGAGCUCUGAAUAGGGCCGUUGGACGUAGAACUGUUGAAACCUAG